AGAUAAAUAAAUACAAAUCCAUAUUUACAUUUAUUGUUCUAUUAUAGAUAUUAUAAUGAACAAUUUCUUUAUUCAUUAAAUAACUCUACUUUAUUUUAUUUUUAAACAUUAUAUCGAUCUUUUCUGAAACUUGUUUCUAUUUCAUUAUUUUAUUUUAUUUUAUUUUUGUUCUUUUUUUUCGUAUACCCAAAAAACCCAAUUCAUCUCGACUUGAGUCUGUUACAUUUAUAUAAUGUCUUUACCAUCUCGGACUGCCGCUACAGAAACAAAGACGCUAGAAGAAAGAGUAGACAUGAAGAAAUAUAAAACUCGUCAACGGUCAUCUUCCUUUAAUCAUUCCAUCAUUCGUAGACAACUGUCAGAUUAUUUACUGAGCAAUACUAAUCCACCUUCUCAAAAUAGUAAACAUAUCAAAAGAGCACCUAGUUUUAGUUCACAGCACCCAUCACUGCGAAAUCAAACGUCUCAUCACAAUUUUUUAACUGUUCUUAAUAAUAGAACUGGAGCUACUUCUUCUAUUGACGAAUCAGGAUCAGAGGAAAAUGAUGAUGAUGAUGACGACGACGAUGACGAUAUUAUAUCUUCUUAUUUUCAUUCUACAACAGACACCAAAUUAUCUAUAAUGACACCCUUCUCGAUAGUAGAAGAUGAUCCUCGACCUUUAAUAGGUAAAUACCAUCAUUUUAUAAUUAAUAGUCUAUUUAUUAUUAAUUAUUGUCAAAUAAUAAAGAUUCCCCAACCCCGAUAUCCUCAAAUGAUCAUAAUAGCAGUAAUAAAUCCCUUGCAAACUCAUUCAAAGAAAAACUAGCCAUUUCUCGUAAAAAAGGAGAAAAUAAUCAGCGACAAUUAUAUGACGACGGUUCAAAUACUACCUACCCACCUCCUCAAAAGCAAACAGGAGAAAGGUAUCUUUUUUUUU